GAUAAGCCCUAAUACUAAACAACACUUGAAUAUCCAUGUUGUAAAAUGGAUUAAAAUUGCUUCUAAUCAUACAUAGCGAAGUAAUGUUACGGUGUCGAUUGGUUGUGAGAAAUUUCCUUACAGAAGUCGGUUUGGAAUCAUGUAUGCAAAAACAGCUAUAAUCUGUAUACUGAUCUGCAUGCUAGUUGAGAAAACAUGGGGUGCUAAACGAGUUGAUGCGCAUUUAAGAGCACGGGAUACAUUGAGACUGAGACGCCAACAACGAGAUGAAAUGCCGCUAGAUUUACCAAACUUACUACAGCUUACUAAAGGCGAAUCUCUUGGAAACGUACGUGAGACAAACGCUGUUUUUGGAAUGAAAGUUGAGCGUCUGCAGGAAAUGUAUCAGGGCAUUAAAGUGUAUGACACAGCCGUCACUGUUCACAAAACCGAAGAUGGACAGUUAACAGGGGAAGCAAUUGGAACGUUUGUACAAGAUAUUGCGAAAGACCUUCCAGAUACAGAAGUCAGUAUAUCAAAUAAGGAUGCGCUCAAAAUUGCCAUUGCUAACGAAGGUGAUAACAUUGAUGGUGUCAGUAACGUGAAAUAUUCGAUUCAAAUAUUUCUUGACGAGAAUAGUGAAGCUCGUUUAGUCAACGUAUUGUCAUACAUAGUUAAAGGGGAUAAACGUCCAUACUAUAUCAUAGAUGUAAAAAGCGGAGAUAUUCUGAAGAAGUGGCAGGGACUUAGCAAUUAUCCUUGCUGUGAGAGGAAGUAUAAUGCUUCUGGUGGCAAUGAAAACACGGGGAAAAUCACAUAUGGCAAUAUGCCUUACUGUCUUACACCCACCAUCACAAACGGUACGUGUUACCUUGAAAACGAAUAUGUUAAGGUUUUCGAUAAGGAUAUUAAUUCGUAUGAAACAGCUUACUUUGCCUGCUCGGAGGGAUAUGGUGAUGAAGUAAAUGGCGCAUAUUCUCCGGCAACUGAUGCUUUCUUUCAUGGAACCGUCGUAGGUAAGAUGUUCGAAGAAUGGUUUGGAUCAACUCCGCUCGGUGAACAUUCCGUUAUAUUAAAAGUUCAUGCAGGCUAUCAUAUGGAAAACGCCUACUGGGAUGGUACAUGUUGUUAUUUCGGAGACGGUUAUAAAAAAAUGUAUCCUUUCACAUCACUUGACAUUGUUGCGCAUGAAAUAGGGCAUGGAGUCACUGAAUUUAAUUCUGAUCUAGAAUACUGGGGAGAAAGCGGUGGUAUUAACGAAGCUUUCUCUGACAUAAUGGGGGAAGCUGCAGAACAUUACCUGUUGAAAUCUGAUUUUAUAACAGGUGGCACCGUUAUGAAAACUGAUCCAUAUCUUCGUGAGUUUGAGAGACCUGAAAAUGAUGGAAUUUCUAUCAGUCAUGUAGAUGACAUGGGAUCGACAACAGAUGUUCAUUUCAGCAGCGGUAUCUACAGGCGUAUAUGGUACGUCGUGGUAAAGGAAGAAGGCAUGCCGGUACGUGAUGCAUUUUCAGUUUUUCUUCAUGCAAAUAAAAUGUACUGGCAUCAAAGCUCAUCUUUCUAUGAUGCCUCUUGUGGUUUGUUAGAAGCGGCCUUGGACCUUGGAUUUGAGAUUGCGCCAUUCCGGAAGGCAUUCAGUGAUGUCGGAAUCAGCUUUUGUUCGUCCAUCUCAGACAUACCAGUUCUGCAAAACAACGAAACUCAAUUCGGAGUUCUUGUAAGCGACAAGAUUAACCCUCGGUUUAUGAUGGAUACGCCGAAAUUAGCCGAAGCAUUUAUAGCAUAUGUUAAAUCCAACAAUAGUUACGACAUUGUUAUCAGUGUCAUGGCCGGUGGAUGGAAUGAAAGUGAUGGGGCUAAAAUGGUUGUGGAAGAUGUUAACAAAGUCAUGAUACCAGAUGCUGGAGGCAAAAUCUUCUUCAUUAGGUUAUCGCUUUCGCAUAAACCAUCCGAAGAUGAGUGUGAUGAGGAAGACGGUGUUUCGGCAGUUGCAUUUACAGCAGGAUUCUCUUGCAAGGCAGACCGCCACGAUGAGGACUCCUUUUCUGGCAGUGGUGAUGAUGAUGAUGAUUAUGGCUCCUAUUCUGGUAGCGGUGAUGAUGAUGAAAGUGGACAGUACGAUGAGCACGAUUACGAUUCUUACGAUCAUUACGACUAUUACUAUAUCAACCAUAACAGAAGGAACACACGUAGCAGCAUUGCAAUGGCUUCAUGCUAAAUUCGAAAUGGUCCUUUGAUUGUUUUUUUUUGUUGUUGUUUUUUUUUGUUGUUGUUUUGUUGUGUUUUUUUUUUCGCUGCCUUUUUUAUUUUCUAUCAUAUUAUUUUAAUUUUAUAUUCCCGUGAUUAUUCCAGACGGAAGUGUAAAAGUAAUACCAUGGUAAAUAGAUAUCAAACGUUUGUUUCUAAUAAUUUUCAGAGAAGAACAUUUGAUAGCAUAUAGUUAAACAUAACAACAACAGUUAGUUUUAAGUAAUAGUAACAAACAUAAAUAUGAAGUGUGAACUUCAUCAACAUAAGUUAUUUAAUUUGUUAUUCAAGUAUCCUUAGUAUGGUUAUACAUGUAGUUAGUUUCAAUGUUUUUCACUUACAUGAAGUUCUUAGAUAUGUUCUAACAAAACUACAAAUAAUAAAUUUCAAAGCAUUA